GCAAAAUGGAUGAGAACAAAGACUCCAGCCUACUGGUGAUCGUGUUGGACACCAACCCCUCGCAGCGCAUCGUACGUGAAAAACCGCAUAAUCUCACCCAAUGUCUGGACUCGAUUGUUGCGUUCGGAAACGCGCACCUUAUGCAGAAAGCGCAAAAUAAGCUCGCCGUGUUGGCCUGCCACCAUCAUGCAACCGAAUUCCUGUACCCUACACCGGGAAAACCGUUGGAUAUCCGUCAGGUGGACGGACAGUAUGAAGUUUUUACGUUGGUGGAGAAAACGAUCAAACAGAAGUUGGCAAAUCUAAUCAAAACCGCCCCACGUUUAACAACGCCCACGGAGUCACUGUUAGCAGGCAGCAUGUCCAUGGCGCUGUGCUACAUCGCAAGAAUAAAUCGGAAUAAAUCACCCGCCACCAAAAUCAACGCCCGUGUGCUGGUUGUAACGGGUAGCAACGAGUGUGCCUCACAGUACAUGACUUAUAUGAAUGUGUUCUUUACGGCACAGAAACAAGGCGUUGUAGUCGAUGUUUGUGCUCUGGACAAAGCGCUCAGUCUACUGCAGCAAGGAUGUGAUAUUACCGGGGGACAAUAUCUUCGGUUAGAGCAGCUGGAUGGUUUCCUUCAAUAUCUGCUCUGGGUUUUUCUACCGGAUCCACAGAUGCGCUGCAAACUGGUCCUUCCGCCCCCCGUUAAGGUGGACUACCGGGCGGCUUGUUUCUGCCACCGGGAGCUUAUCGACAUCGGUUACGUGUGUUCCGUCUGUUUGUCAAUCUUCUGUAAAUUCAGCCCCAUCUGCACUACCUGCCACACCGUCUUCAAAGCACCUGCACCGAUUGCGGCCAAACCGAAAAAGAAAAAACUCAAAACAUGA